AGUUACGUCAUUCUACAUCACUAAGUUGACCUUAACUUACGCGACACCACAAGGCUGCAGUCGUUAAUCGACUGCUCCGUACCUGCAGAUACGGUUGCAACUGUCUGCAUCUACCCCAGGGUACUGAGAGCUUCGCUUUUCAACUUCUUUCCAUAUUUCCCUGUGCUGUCGAGACACCGACAUGAUGCCCCCCAUCAAAAUCUACGCUGACGCGCCAUUGCAUCCGGAGGGGGUCACACCAAAGACAGCUGAGCCGGAAGAAGCAUCUGGCCCACCGCCAACGAAAACAACGAAUCAACCGCCCACAAAUCUUUCAGAUCCUCCGGCUCCACAAACUGGAGCUCGCCCUCAGGUGCCAGCUCCAACGCGUGUGGCAGGAGGUUCGUUCGGUCCAUCACCACCUCAGCCUGGAGCAGUUCCACAGCCUACAAUUACAGCUACGUAUACAACAACCACGACAAGUCAGCUUUCUCCACCGUCUCAAAUGAACAUUCCGGCCCCGUCAACGAAUCAGGCGCCGACUCAUUCAUCAUACGUGCCGCCAGCAUCACAAUAUGAGACAGGGACUACUCUGGAACCUCCAUCAAGCAACCUACAUGGCAGAAGGGCGUCGCUGGAGCAUCCCCCGGGCUAUCAGCAAAAUCCAUACGCAGCUGAUGGAACACCUAAUGAUAGGGAGAGAUUCGCAGAAGCGGCGCGGCAAGCGCAGGAGGAAGAAGGGAUCAUGGGUUCAGUAAUGAAUGCUUUGUCAAGCGCUGGUAGGAGACUGUCAGAGUUGGAGGACGAGGCAUGGAAAUGGGCGACGGGUAAGAAAUAGCUCGACACUGAAGACGUAGAUACAGGUGAAAAGACUUACAAUUGCAAAUUGUCAACAGCGUAAUAGCGUUGGAAAGAGGCUAAAAGAAACCAAAUGGAAUUCAAAAAUCUUUUUUUUUUG